UUGAAAAAGAGCGGUAAUUCCAAAAUGGCGACCGAACUGUCAAAGCAGGAAACACCACAAAAUCAAAACUUUAAAAUAGAUUGCAAAUGUAGACGAUCGGUUCUAACCCUUCUUCAAACUGUAGAAAAUCAUGUAGCCAAAUUGUACAAGUCUGAAGAUGAAAGUCCUUGCACAGGAACAGAUUUAUUUGCGACAUACAGAAAGGUGUUGUUGUCGAGUAUUCUGAUAAAAGGUGAAAAACUGAAAGGAAAUGAGUCAGAUCUCGACACCACUACUGAGUUUGAGCCAUUUGACACGGCCAAGGAAGACCAUAUACAAAAGGUUUUGAUGGAUCGUCUAGACAGACAGCUUGUAAACACAACAAGGUUAAGGAAAACAGCAUCAAAACAAGUUACACGGAAAAUGAAGACCUUGAUUCGACCACAGCUGAAGUACUUGGCUUUAGUAUCAGUUGAUACACAGGGAGCAAGUGAGGAAGCCAUGGAAACAGACACAGUUGAAGGCACAUGUUCUGUAAGACAGGAUGAGGUACAAGAAAGACUGCAGGGAUCAGUAGAGAAAUGUUCAUAUAAUAAACAAUAUUGUGAAGAUAUGCUUCAAAAAUCAAGAGACCUUUCACAAGCCAUGCAGAUAUUUAAACAGUCGGAGAGUAGUGAAAUUAUUAAAGCCAUGUACGAAACUCCACCUAAUACACCAACAGUCUCCUCAGAUGGACAUACUUUUAACAAAGACAUGGUAUUUACCAGAAAAAUAUCGAAAAAACUCUUGCCUUGAGAGCAAAAAAAAAAGAACCAGAUGAGAAAUCAGUGUUUUUUUAGGGAUGAAAUUUAAUGCCCAGUAUGUUCAGUCCUGUGUAUUUUGUUUGAGCACACACUUGGCAAAACUUUUAAAAAUUUAGAUUGCUUGAACUUUGAUACACAUAUAUUAGAUAAUUAUGGGAUGAUCCUUUAAAUAUUUCCAGCUCAAAACAUAUAUGGUUCAGGUUGCAUGUACAAAAAUAUGGUUGUUAGGAAGGAUGUAUUUUUUAUGCCACAGGUUUUGAAGACAGGGGAGGCAUAUAGUGUUUGAACUGUCUUGUGUAGUCAUCUCCAUCAGUUUUCAUCUAUUUCAAACGGAAGGUGGCUUAUGUCAUCAACAAGAAGUGGACAUGCCCAUAUUUUCUGAACUUUCUUGUCCUUUUAUAUUUUGUUGUAUUACUCGUAUGCACCUUUCUUGGACAAGUUUAACAAUAUUUAUACCCCCACCAAACAUGUUUGAGGGGGGUAUAUAGGAGUCAGUUUUGUCGCGUCCCGUCGCGUCCCGUCCCGUCGCGUCCCGAAAUCUAUUAUCUCAGUUAUUACCAAAUGGAUUUGAUUCAAACUUAACAUACAUGUUCCACUUUAUCACCCACAUCAUGUGACACAAGGUGCAUAACUCUUGACACCAAGUUUUCAUGAAUUAUGUCCCCUUUUACUUAGAAUUUAAGGUUAAUUUUGUUGUAUUUUCACUAUAUCUCAGUUAUUACUAAAUGGAUUUGAUUGAAACUUAAAAUAGAUGUUCCACCUCAUCACCCACAUCAUGUGACACAAGGUGCAUAACUCUGACACCAAUUUUUUUAUGAAUUAUGUCCCUUUUUACUUAGAAUUUAAGGCUGAUUUUGAUGUAUUUUCACUAUAUCUCAGUUACUACUGAAUGGAUUUUAUUCAAACUUAAAAUAGAUGUUCCACCGCAUCACCAACAUCAUGUGCCCACAUCAUGUGACACAAGAUGCAUAACUCUGACACCAAGUUUUCAUGAAUUAUGUCCCCUUUUACUUAUAAUUUAAGGUUAAUUUUGUUGUAUUUUCACUAUAUCUCAGUUAUUACUAAAUGGAUUUGAUUCAAACUUAAAAAAGUUGUUCCACCUCAUCACCCAAAUCAUGUGACAUAAGGUGCUUAACUCUGACAUAAAUUUUUUAUGAAUUAUGUCCCCUUUUACUUUAAAUUUAAGGUUGAUUUUGAUGUAUUUUCAUUAUAUCUCAGUUAUUACAAAAUGGAUUUGAUUCAAACUUAAAAUAGAUGUUCCACCUCAUCACCCGCAUCAUGUGACAUAAGGUGCGUAACUCUGACACCAAUUUUUCAUGAAUUAUGCCCCUUUUUACUUAGAAUUUAAGGUUAAUUUUGAUGUAUUUUCACUAUAUCUCAGUUACUACUGAAUGGAUUUGAUUCAGACUUAAAAUAGAUGUUCCACCUCAUCACCCACAUCGUGACACAAGGUGCAUAACUCUGACACUAAUUUUUCUUGAAUUGUGUCCCUUUUUACCUAGAAUUUAAGGUUAAUUUUGAUGUAUUUUCACUAUAUCUCAUUCUGAUUGGCUUAGAGCCAAAGGGAGGUAACCUUUUUUUUUAACUUUUGUACUGAGUUUCUUCCCCUUAAAUUCCAGGAAUUAAUCUAUUUUUAGAAAUCCUAUUUUUAGAUUUUCAAUAUUUUAGGUAUUUUUCUAACUUUUAUUAUAAGUCCUAUGUAAAAAGUAAAUACAUUUUUCUGUGGUAACAUGGGUCGGUAAGACACUUUUUUUGUAUUCACUUUUAGUGUAUCUCUAAUAUUGAGAUUUAAUAUAUUUACUAGUAUUACUAUACUAGUAUUAUACUAGUAUUACUUAUAUGUGGAAGCCCAGGAUAAGGUACUCCAAAGACUAAGUAUUUUUAAGAUUUCUUAUGGUUGCCAUUCUUCUGUGACAAGACCGUAUGGUGGGGGUAUGAGUCACUCCUGUGACAGUUCUAGUUCAACUCAUUUGUAUCUUGUUUACUCCACUCUUGCUACAGUUUCAGUCGAAUUAAAAUGAAACUUAAUAUAAAUCAUUAGCAAGAAGUAGACCAGUGCAAAGUGACAGGACUUCCAUGUCAUAUUAUAACCUUUUUAAAAUAUCUCCUGUUUUAACAAUAUUACAACUACAUUUUUCUUUACCUUGUGUACUCGACUCAAUUUACAGUUUCCAUUCAGUCAAAGUGAAAUUUGUUAUUUAUUAUCAACAUAAGGUAGACGCAUGUUUUCAGAAGUUUAUUUUUUCUCGAGUUAUAUCCCUUUUAUGUUGACUUAACAAUAUUACUACUAUCUCCUACAGUUUACAUCUGAUUCAAACUUUAUCAACAUGGAAUGAACAUGUGCAUAGUUUUGGGAAUUUAAUGUCUGGUUAAUUUUUUUUUUAGGGGGGUGCCUAAAGAUUACAACCAUUACCUCUGUAGUUUGUGCAUUUAACUUCUACUGUAACAGCUUCCAUCCACUUCAAAUGAAACUGGUUUACAUCAUCAACAUGAGGUGAUCUUGUACAUAUUUUUGGGACUUCUAUAUCUGGUUUAAAAAAAUAUUUUUUCUGGGUAACAUCUGUAAGUUGUGUACUGAACUCCUGAAGUUUCCAUACAGUUUAAAUGAAACUUGGCAUGUGUCAUUAACAUGAAGCAGGCAAUUCCACAUUCACAUGUUACAUGGACUUUCAUGUCAGAUUUUUAGCUCCAGUAUUGAAAGAAUAGGUAAAGCUAUUUGGAGUCACCAAUUUGUCGGCAUCUGCAUCACCAUCCCGAUUUGGUUUUUAGCUCACCUGUCACAAAGUGACAAGGUGAGCUUUUGUGAUCGCGUGGCGUCCGUCGUCCGUCCGUGCGUGCGUUCGUGCGUAAACUUUUGCUUGUGACCACUCUAGAGGUCACAUUUUUCAUGGGAUCUUUAUGAAAGUUGGUCAGAAUGUUCAUCUUGAUGAUAUCUAGGUCAAGUUCGAAACUGGGUCACGUGCAGUCAAAAACUAGGUCAGUAGGUCUAAAAAUAGAAAAACCUUGUGACCUUUCUAGAGGCCAUAUUUUUCAUGAGAUCUUCAUGAAAAUUGGUCAGAAUGUUCACCUUAAUGAUAUCUAGGUCAAGUUCGAAACUGGGUCACGUGGGAUCAAAAAAUAGGUCAGUAGGUCUAAAAAUAGAAAAACCUUGUGACCUCUCUUGAGGCCAUAUUUCUCAAUGGAUCUUCAUGAAAAUUAGUCAGAAUGUUCACCUUGAUGAUAUCUAGGUCAAGUUCGAAACUGGGUCACGUGCGGUCAAAAACUAGGUCAGUAGGUCUUAAAAUAGAAAAACCUUGUGACCUCUCUAGAGGCCAUAUUUCUCAAUGGAUCUUCAUGAAAAUUGGUCAGAAUGUUCACCUUGAUGAUAUCUAGGUCAAGUUCGAAACUGGGUCAUGUGGGGUCAAAAACUAGGUCAGUAGGUCUAAAAAUAGAAAAACCUUGUGACCUCUCGAGGCCAUAUUUCUCAAUGGAUCUUCAUGAAAGUUGGUCAGAAUGUUCACCUUGAUGAUAUCUAGGUCAAGUUCGAAACUGGGUCACGUGCAGUCAAAAACAAGGUCAGUAGGUCUAAAAAUAGAAAAACCUUGUGACCUCUCUAGAGACCAUAUUUCUCAAUGGAUCUUCAUGAAAAUUGGUGAGAUUGUUCACCUUGAUAAUAUCUAGGUUAGGUUUGAAACUGGGUUACGUGCGGUCAAAAACUAGGUCAGUAGGUCGAAAAAUAGAAAACCUUGUGAUGUCUCUAGAGACCAUGUUUCUCAAUGGAUCUUCAUGAAAAUUGAUCAGAAUGUUCCUCUUGAUGAUAUCUAGGCCAAGUUCGAAACUGGGUCACGUGCGGUCAAAAACUAGGUCAGUAGGUCUAAAAAUAGAAAAACCUUGUGACCUCUCUAGAGGCCAUAUUUCUCAAUGGAUCUUCAUGAAAAUUAGUCAGAAUGUUCACCUUGAUCAUAUCUAGGUCAGAUUCAGAAGUGGGUCAGGUGCCUUCAAAAACUAGGUCAUUAGGUCAAAUAAUAGAAAAACCUUGUGACCUCUCUAGAGGUCAUAUUUUUCAAUGGAUCUUCAUGAAAAUUGGUCAGAAUUUUUUAUCUUGAUGAUAUCUAGGUCACAUGUGCUCAAAAACUAGGUCACUAUGUCAAAUAAUAGAAAUAACGAUGUCGUACUCAGUUCAACACUGGGUCAUGUGGGGAUAGGUGAGCGAUUCAGGACCAUCAUGGUCCUCUUGUUAGCUCACCUGUCACAAAGUGACAAGGUGAGCUUUUGUGAUCGCGCGGUGUCCGUCGUCCGUCCGUCCGUCCGUGCGUGCGUCCGUCCGUAAACUUUUGCUUGUGACCACUCUAGAGGUCACAUUUUUCAUGGGAUCUUUAUGAAAAUUGGUCAGAAUGUUCAUCUUGAUGAUAUCUAGGUCAAGUUCGAAACUGGGUCACGUGCCAUCAAAAACUAGGUCAGUAGGUCUAAAAAUAGAAAAACCUUGUGACCUCUCUAGAGGCCAUAUAUUUCACAAGAUCUUCAUGAAAAUUGCUCAGAAUGUUCACCUUGAUGAUAUCUAGGUCAAGUUUGAAACUGGGUCACGUGCCAUAAAAAACUAGGUCAGUAGGUCUAAAAAUAGAAAAACCUUGUGACCUCUCUAGAGGCCAUAUAUUUCACAAGAUCUUCAUGAAAAUUGGUCAGAACAUUCACCAUGAUGAUAUCUAGGUCAAAUUCGAAACUGGAUCACGUGCCAUCAAAAACUAGGUCAGUAGGUCUAAAAAUAGAAAAACCUUGUGACCUCUCUAGAGGCCAUAUUUUUCAUGGGAUCUUCAUGAAAAUUGAUCAUAACAUUUACCAUGAUGAUAUCUAGAUCAAGUUCGAAACUGGGUCACGUGCCGCCAAAAACUAGGUCAGUAGGUCAAAUAAUAGAAAAACCUUGUGACCUCUCUAAAGGCCAUAUUUUUCAUGGGAUCUGUAUGAAAGUUGGUCUGAAUGUUCAUCUUGAUGAUAUCUAGGUCAAGUUUGAAACUGGGUCACGUCCGGUUAAAAACUAGGUCAGUAGGUCUAAAAAUAGAAAAAGUUUGUGACCUCUCUAGAGGACAUAUAUUUCAUGAGAUCUUCCUGAAAAUUGGUCAGAAUGUUCACCUUGAUGAUAUCUAGGUCAAGUUCGAAAGUGGGUAACGUGCCUUCAAAAACUAGGUCAGUAGGUCAAAUAAUAGAAAAACCUUGUGACCUCUCUAGAGGCCAUAUUUUUCAUGGGAUCUGUAUGAAAGUUGGUCUGAAUGUUCGUCUUGAUGAUAUCUAGGUCAAGUUCGAAAGUGGGUCACGUGCCGUCAAAAACUAGGUCAGUAGGUCAGAUAAUGGAAAAACUUUGUGUCCUCUCUAAAGGCCAUAUUUUUCAUGGGAUCUGUAUGAAAAUUGGUCUGAAUGUUCAUCUUGAUGAUAUCUAGGUCAAGUUCGAAACAGGGUCAUGUGCGGUCAAAAACUAGGUCAGUAGGUCUAAAAAUAGAAAAACCUUGUGACCCCUCUAGAGGCCAUACUUGUGAAUGGAUCUCCAUAAAAAUUUGUCAGACUGUUCACCUUGAUGAUAUCUAGAUCAAGUUUGAAACUGGGUCACGUGCCCUAAAAAACUAGGUCAGUAGGUCAAAUAAUAAAAAAACCUUGUGACCUCUCUAGAGGCUAUACUUUUCAUGGGAUCUGUAUGAAAGUUGGUCUGAAUGUUCAUCUUGAUGAUAUCUAGGUCAAGUUUGAAACUGGGUCACGUCCGGUUAAAAACUAGGUCAGUAGGUCUAAAAAUAGAAAAAGUUUGUAACCUCUCUAGAGGACAUAUAUUUCAUGAGAUCUUCAUGAAAAUUGGUCAGAAUGUUCACCUUGAUGAUAUCUAGGUCAAGUUUGAAAGUGGGUAACGUGCCUUCAAAAACUAGGUCAGUAGGUCAAAUAAUAGAAAAACCUUGUGACCUCUCUAGAGGCCAUAUUUUUCAUGGGAUCUGUAUGAAAGUUGGUCUGAAUGUUCGUCUUGAUGAUAUCUAGGUCAAGUUCGAAAGUGGGUCACGUGCCGUCAAAAACUAGGUCAGUAGGUCAGAUAAUGGAAAAACUUUGUGUCCUCUCUAAAGGCCAUAUUUUUCAUGGGAUCUGUAUGAAAAUUGGUCUGAAUGUUCAUCUUGAUGAUAUCUAGGUCAAGUUCGAAACAGGGUCAUGUGCGGUCAAAAACUAGGUCAGUAGGUCUAAAAAUAGAAAAACCUUGUGACCCCUCUAGAGGCCAUACUUGUGAAUGGAUCUCCAUAAAAAUGUGUCAGACUGUUCACCUUGAUGAUAUCUAGAUCAAGUUUGAAACUGGGUCACGUGCCCUAAAAAACUAGGUCAGUAGGUCAAAUAAUAAAAAAACCUUGUGACCUCUCUAGAGGCCAUACUUUUCAUGGGAUCUGUAUGAAAGUUGGUCUGAAUGUUCAUCUUGAUGAUAUCUAGGUCAAGUUUGAAAGUGGGUCAACUGCGGUCAAAAACUAGGUCAGUAGGUCUAAAAUUAUUAAAAUCUUUUGACCUCUCUAGAGGCCAUAUUUUUCAAUGGAUCUUCAUGAAAAUUGAUCUGAAUGUUCACCUUGAUGAUAUCUAGGUCAGUUUCGAAACUGGGUCAUGUGCGGUCAAAAACUAGGCCAGUAGGUAUAAAGAUAGAAAAACAUUGUGACCUCUAGAGGCCAUGUUUUUCAUGAGAUCUUCAUGAAAAUAGUGAGACUGUUCAUCUUGAUGAUAUCUAGAUAAAGGUCAAAACAGGGUCACGUACCUUCGAAAACUAGGUCAAUAGGUCAAAUAAUAGAAAAACCUUGUGACCUCUCUAGAGACCAUAUUAUUCAAUGGAUCUUCAUGAAAAUUGGUCAGAAUUUUUAUCUUGAUAAUAUCUAGGUCAAGUUCAAAACUGGGUCACAUGAGCUGAAAAACUAGGUCACCAUGUUAAAUAAUAGAAAAAACGACGUCAUACUCAAAACUGGGUCAUGUGGGAAGAGGUGAGCGAUUCAGGACCAUCAUGGUCCUCUUGUUUUUGUAUGUAAGCUGGUAUCUCAGUACCCACUUAUUUGAAUGGAUUAAAACUUCACAAACUUCUUCAUUUAUAUGUCAUAAACUUACUUACACUUCACAGGUUCUAUAACUCUAAAGAGUUUGCUUUUUACAAAAUUAUGUCCCUUUUUCAACUUUUAUAUACAUCAAUUGACAAGACGGUUUAAAAGUCAUGCGGUAUCAUCCUCCGACAGCUCUGGUUUCUUUGGAGUUUGCUCCUUUUUUCGGACUUUAUAACACACAAUAUUGACAUCAUUCUUGUUUUUAGUGAUUAUGACAAGGGCAUUUAUUUAAUAUAUACAUCUCACUGCCUACAUGUACUUCAGUCAUUUGUUAGUUUGCUUCUCUUUGUAUAAUGUACUGUUCAGCACAAUCUAGUUUUUAAAAAAUCUGUAGAUUUUUUUUAUUAGGGCCUUUUCAUUUCUUUUUAGAUAUAAGACAAUACCAAUGAUCCUUUACAUCUGGAAUAGUAGUUUUUAAUUUGUAAAAAUAGAAAGAAUUUGAUAGAGGUUUUUAUUUUGAAAUUCAGUCAUAUUGUGCCAUUAAAUUUUAAAAAAUGAAAUAACUUUAAAAAUAUAUUAAUUAGCAUUACAACAAAACAAAGGUGUUUUUAAAAAAAUGAAAUCCACUUUUUCAAUGGGCAAAAACUUAACACAAGGAUUUUCCUAUGAACAAAAUUACUGGUAAAAAUUCAUGAUCAAUCAGAUGUCAUGCAACAUAUGAAUGAAGUUGGAAUUAUCCUUUACCUCGCUUAAUUUCUAAAAUUGACUGGUCUAUCAUUCAAUUUGGGCAAUACUAUUUAUUAUUCAAAGGGGUAUUCUCUGAAAAUUUACAGACUGAAUAGCGAACAGUGCAGGCUGAUCUUGGUCUGCACUGGCCGCAAAGGCAGAGUCACUUGCCACCAGCAGGCUAAAGGUUAAGGAAUAACAACAGUGAAUGUUUAGUUUUAUUUGUUGAACAAAAUGUAUACAUGUACAUGAAAUAUUUUUGAUCAGAAAUGAUCAUCAGUAUGAACAGUUUGUUACAUUAUGACCACAACUGGAAUAGUAAAGACUAGAUUGUUCUUUUUACAAGAUUUUAAUGUUAAUAUAGUAGUAUUGUUUAAACACACUUUCAAAAAUGAAAGGUUUAAAACAAAAAAGAUGUAUGUAAAUUAUUAAAGAGGCAUGCCUGUACUUAAUAUAAAAAUGCUUAUGAAAUAUCAUUUUAAAGAAAUGUGUUGUAGGUCCAGAGGCUUGUCCCUGUAAUGUGUGCAUGCAUUGUAUUGUUUAAACUGUUCAUGUCAUUACACUUGUGGUAUACAUUUUAACACAAAUAUUUUGUAUGUCUGCAAGGAAGUGUGGUUGUAGUCUGUCUCUGGAAAGAUUUUCAUAAUCUGUGACAAAGCAUCCUAGUUUUAUGCUUCUAUUUGCAUUGGGAAAACAAAACAUAGUAGUUGUUCAUUGUUUUCAUCAACUAACUCCCAUUUUACAGCAAUUCGUAUCUGAAAUAGAACACUUGUAGUAAGUAUACAAUCAGUUUUGUACAAAGCACUAAUAUCCCUGACAGAUACAGUCAGUUGGCCUAUAUUGAUGACAGAACUUUUAAAAUGUCAAAAAUAGAAUCGUGUUGUUUUUGAAACACGUAUAGACAAGAUGUGCCCCUGCGGGUAUUAUUAUAAGCACAGGCGGGCACCUAGGUAGAACCGCCAACCUUUGAAUGUCAGCUGAAUGGCUUUCACACAUGAAAGAAUUUUACACCCCAACUGAGGUUUGGAGUCCACAGUGGUGAGGGGCGAGUGAUAGUAAGUCAGGACCCUUAGCCACUCUGCACAAAGGCCCCUUGUAUCUGAGAAAUCAGCAGACUGAACAUUUUAGGUGUUUGAUAGAAUAACUUUUGAACAUUCAUAAAAAAGGUGAUAAAACAUAUUUACCAGUAUAAACAUCUUGGAUCUUGACUUUAAAGAUUGUAUUUAUUGAUGUAUAUUGUUAAUGAUAAUAUUUUGAAUAUAUACAUAUAUAAGCA